GGAAUUUACACAAAGAAAUCACCGAAGUAGAUGAAGUCAUGGAAGAAAUAAGAAACACGUGUCCAUUUUGCGAGAGGCAUUUUGACAAUGCAAAGCAAGUUGAGCGACAUGUCAAAUAUGUGCAUCGUAAACCGUAUCAAUGCGACAAAUGCAAAAGAACUUGUUAUACGUCAAGAGCGCUGGAGGCGCACAAAAAGAUACACCGGCCGGACUAUUUCUUUGAGUGCAAAAUUUGUCAUGUAAAGUACAAAAGUGAAGAUGGACUAAAACGACAUUACAUUCGCGCUCAUAGCGAUUAUGAAUCAAGAUACAUUUGUGAACAUUGUGGUCGCGGUUAUAAGCUGAAGAUCGAUCUAACGCAUCAUAUGAAGAGAACUCACAUAUCGGAUCUACAAAUCUGCCGCUUUUGCGGCAAAAAAGUCAAGGAUGUCAAAGGUCACGAGUGGCGGCAUCAGAAACGAAAUCGUGAAAUCAAGUAUGAAUAUCCGUGUCAUCUGUGCCGUAAAAAGUUCCACCACAGAAGCAGAUUGGACAAUCAUCUGAUGUUGCAUGAAAAAGGUUUCAAAUGUGAGAUUUGUGGCAAAGAAUAUAGUGGCACUCGCGAACUCACAAGCCAUAAACGUUUCAAGCACGGCCAGACUAACGUCUCCACUUGUAUUCUGUGCCAAAAAGCGUUCGUGUCUAUGAGUAAUUUUUAUCAGCAUGUGCUCACCCAUGCCAGCAUACGGCCGUACACUUGCGAUGUCUGCGAAAAGGACUUUACGCAACGCUCUAGUCUGCUGAGACAUAGAAAGCAUCAUCCUGGACCAUUACCGCCAUUAUCAUCGUCGCAUCCACAAAUAGCCGAACUCGCCAGGAAUUAUCUUGAAAAGAUUAAAAGUGACCAUAUUGAUAAGAGUUUCGAAGUAUCUUUGUCCAAUCAGCUUGAUCCACUAUCAUCAACUUUUCUGAUAGUAAAACUGGAAGACGAUUAUUUUCGCAUCCCAAAGUCAUUGAGCGUGUUUAUGAUGAAAGAACCUCCACCUAUCGAAGAAAAUAAUUUCAAAGUUAAGUUGAAAGAAGAAGAGAAAAUAGAAAAGAAUAAUCCUGAUGAGAAGAAUCAAGAACUCGUUGAGGCGAGAGAGAAAAAUGAAAUUGCCAUCGACGAUUUAAACGAUCUGGAUGAUUUGGAUGAUUUAGAUGAUGCUCCUUUAGAUUUCAGGAAACGGCGCAAAAAUGAACUUUCAAAAACGCGAUCCAACAAACACACGACUAAUCCAAAGAAAAAGUCGCAUAUCUGCCAGAUUUGUCAUAUUACGUUUGACCGUAAGAGCAAACUUACCAGUCAUAUGUACAAGCAUAGCAAUUCACGUCCGCACAAAUGCACGAUCUGCUCCAAGGGCUUCAAGACUAGUGCGUAUCUUUCUAGGCAUAUGGAAAUCCACGACGAGCCCGCGCAGCUUCACGCGUGCACGCUAUGUGAAUUCAAGGCACGCACGAAACCGUAUUUGAAGAUACAUUAUAUUCGCAAGCACACAGAAGAUUACAACUAUAGCUGUGAACAAUGCGGCAAGAUGUUCAAAGUACAAUCUGACUAUACAACGCAUAUGAAGGAUCACGAUACAGAAUCCUGUGUUUGCGACAUAUGCGGCACGUCUUAUCCCAGUAAAAGUUCUUUGUACUUCCACAAGCAUUACAAGCACAAGACGAAGAUUAAGGAGUUUGAGUGCCAAGUUUGCAGAAAGCGCUUUAAGACUCAGAAAAAUCUGGACAGUCACGCUGAGCUGCAUAAAAUGAAGUACGUCUGUGAGCAGUGUGGUAUGGAGUUCAAGUUUAAAUACGGUCUCACGAAGCACCUCAGGACGCACUCGGGAGAAAAGUCGUAUCUUUGCGCAAUAUGCGGCAAAACCUUCGGCUGUCUCAGUUCACAAAAGAUUCAUUUGUUGACUCACGUUGGCGAGCGACCUUAUGUUUGCGACAUUUGCGGUCAGAGCUUCACUCAGCGAUCGCCAAUGAUGUUGCACCGUAAAAAGCAUCCUGGUAUACAUCCACCGCCUCCACCUAUUAAAAUUACGAAUCUCCUACACGGCGUGCAAGACAGAAUUGUUGUAAAUAAAAGUGCCAAGUGACUCGUGUAUAAACAACAAAUGAACAUGUGAUAUAAAAAGAGU